AGAGAAAGAGAGAAAGAGUUGAGAGAGUGAGAUUUGCACUCUCUCGGAUGUUUGCGUGUGUAUAACCAGUACACUUGGCUAUACACACUACCUGCUAUGUAUAUGUUCGCUACGAGUUAUGUGUGUGCGUAAAUGUUAUGUAUACGAACAGUGCUUGCUGAGCUGCCAUACCGCCUGACAUUCCAUGCGCCGCCGACAUUUAGUUUAGUGUAUAAGGCAGGUAUCGUGAGCCUCCACAUUCUCUACUUGUCUCGGUCAUCUAGUUGUUGGUUUCUUCGUGCCGCCGCCGCCGCUGCUGCUACUGCUACUGUUGUUGUUGUUGUUUUUGUUUUCGUUUCAACUUCCAAGUCUGUUUCGCGUAUCUGUGUAAGUGUCUUGUGCCUUGGUCAGAUGGUCGCAGCACAUCUUUGGCUUCGUUUUUUCAAGUCUAAAGUAAUCAUUUUUCAAGUUGAACGGUUGAUCGAAUUAUAAGGUUAUAACGCACAUACCGGGCAGCGUGAGGGGGAGUGUGCGGUACAUAGUACACAAACCAUAACAAUGAGCACCGAGGUAAACAACGUGACAAGCAACAUUGCCGCGGCUGCUGCUGCUGCAGCCGCCACUUCUCCGUCUGCCAAUGUUACGCCCGCCAACGACCCGGUGAUUUUCGUCACAGGUGGUUACGAUCACACCAUCAAGAUAUGGCAAGCUCACAGUGGUAUUUGUCAACGGACCCUGCAACACAUCGAUUCGCAAGUCAAUGCGCUGGCCAUAACUCCGACGAAGCACAUUGUCGCCGCAGCUGGUUAUCAGCACAUUCGCAUGUACGAUCUCAACUCGACGAAUCCCAAUCCCAUCAUCAAUUACGAGGGCAUUUCUAAGAACGUCAGUACGCUCGGUUUUCAGGAGCAUGGUAAAUGGAUGUACACGGGCGGUGAAGACUGUUCUGCUAGAAUUUGGGACUUGAGAUCCAGUAAUUUUCAAUGUCAGAGAAUCUUUCAAGUGUCUGCUCCCGUCAAUUGCGUAGCACUGCAUCCUAAUCAAGCUGAAUUGAUAGUUGGAGACCAGAGUGGUGUCAUACAUUUGUGGGACCUGAGGUCCGAUCACAACGAACAGUUGAUACCAGAGACAGAAUCGUCUAUUCAAGAUGUAUCUAUUAAUGCUGAUGGUACCUACUUGGCCGCUGUAACAAACAAAGGGCACUGCUUUGUGUGGGCAUUGACUGGAGGAUCUGGUGAUGAAAAAACAAAACUAAAUCCUAGACACAGAAUUCAAGCUCAUAAAGGAUAUGGUCUCAAAUGUGAGUUUAGUCCUGAUUCAACAUUGCUUGUUACAACAUCUGCAGAUCAAACUGCACGAGUAUGGAAAACUGCUGACUUUUCAGAAACUCUUGUUCUUCAACAUGAAGCAAAACGUUGGGUUUGGGAUUUAGCUUUCAGUGCAGAUUCCCAAUACUUAUUUACCGCAUCAUCAGAUAGCAUUGCUAGACUUUGGUCUUUAACUACUGGAGAAGUUAAAAGAGAAUACCAGGGACAUCAAAAAGUUGUCUCUGCUCUUGCGUUUAGAGAUACCAUGAUUCCAGUUAGUUGAGAAAAUAAGUAAAUAUAAAUGUGAGAGAUGAAAUUCUUUCACUUGUGACCUGUAAUUUUGUACAGACUCAUUAUUUGUAUGUUGUUAAGAUAAUUGUUAAAUGUAAAACAAAUGGUGCCAUGCCUUUGGAUAUAGUGCUAUUACCAAAGUUAACUGUUCAGUUUCCCAAGACAAUGAUUGUACUGUCCAUUUAUAUAAUUUGUAUAAUGUGUUCAUUUUGUAAUGAAUGUUGAGUGCUAAUUAAGACUAAAAUUGACGAUCCAGGUGCAAAUUAUUGUGUAUAUUAAAUGCCUUAACCCAAUCAUGAAAAAAUUUGUUU